AUGACUAGGGAAUUUAAAGAGGCCAAUGACAAAAAACAAACUAAUGUGGAACCUAGAAGGUCAAUUCGAACAGAAACCUGGAGGCCCCCUCCAAUGAAUGUUUACAAGGCCAAUUGGGAUGCCUUUGUUGAUCGAGUAAGCUGUAGAAUGGGGGUAGGUGUGGUGGUCAGAAACUUGGAGGGGUGUGUAAUAGCAACUUCAAGGAGUUUGUUCCCCGAUACUAAACUUGAUGAGGCAGUGGCUGCUCUCAGAGCAGUUCUUUAUUGCAAACAACUAGGAAUUUCAAGAUUAUUGAUUGAAGGGGAUGCUCUCAAUGUGGUUAAUGAUCUCAACAAAGAGACAAUGGAUUGGAGCACAGCAGGUCUGAUCAUUCAAGACAUUGCUCUUUUAUUUUCAUAG